AUUUUCAAAACAAAAAGCAAAACAGGACCUAAACUCGAUAUUUUUUUCUUAAUUUUUUUGCUCAAAUUCUAAUGUCCAUGACUCAGAUAUGUUUGAUUCUGAUUGUGAAUUCGCUUUUGUUGUUGAGUUCUAAAGUGGAAUCGUUUCCUCCGGGAUCCCGUUCGAUCCUUCGAGAAUUUAGCAAAGACAAUGCCGUGAGCACAGAUUACGCCGUCGAUUUUAACAUCACCAAUUUCGAUGCAGUUCUUAGAGACACUCUUGCUACUUUUGCCAUUAUCGAAUUUUUCGCGCACUGGUUACUCCUCUAACUCUGGAAAGAAUAACGAUUUCUUAUAUAACUUUGUUAAAAUAUGCUUGACGCUUAUUUUUGUAUGAAAACUUCCUUUUUUGCUAAAUAGUUGGAAAAGUUGUUGUUUUGUGAUUGUCCUUUGCGGACUUUUACUUGUGUAAUAGUGAAACUAUUAGGGAGCACCAAUUGGGUUCAUUGGAAAAAUCAUAUCGACCAUGCUGAUGAAUUGCCAUGUGGAUGAUAACUAAGACUUGAAAUUUUUUUCUUUGGUAAUUUAUUGGGCAGAUGAUCAAUGAGUAUUUGGUUUAACCUUCAUAUUCCAAGUGUUUAUUCACAGCCAAAGUAGAGAGUUUGUAUAUUUUUCUGAUUUCAGCAGGAACGGAGUUUGUAUAUUUUUCUGAUUUCAGCAGGAACGGCUGUGUAGCUUUAUUAUUUUAUCGGCUAUGAUUUUCAUAAACUGAUCACUGAUUGAACUCUCUCGAAGUUUGGAGGAGAGGUUUGUUCAUUGGUAUGAUCAUCAUGUGAGUUUAUUCAAGGCAAUAAUUCUCACGUCAAAUUAAAAAGAUUGCAGACAAGGACCUUAAGGUUGACUGGUGCGAACUGACAUUGAUAUGGAGUUUGAAAUGACGACCUUGGAUUUUGAGAUGCUUUAGUUACUUGACGUGUAUAUCUUUUAGCAUCAGUAGAAUAUAAUAAUUUGAUAUUGGAUAGAUUACUUACACAAUAUUAUUAGUAGAUUAAUUUGUGGAAAGUUUUGAAAAAGGAGAAAAAUAUUUAAAGAGACGUGAAUUGAUGCAAUGAUUAAAAUUCAGAUUUUCUCAUUCAAUAAAAUCUACUGACUUAAUUAAUUGCUUCCUUCUUGUUGGGAUAUGCAAUGUGUACAAUAAGAUGAUAAUUGUAGAACAGUAGCUCAACAGUUCAUAGAUUCCGGGGAAAUUUUCACAGUUCAACUCACCCUAUCAAUUAUUUGUUUACAGACUUGGUUUAGAUGUUGUAAUAGGCAAUGACCAGCAUGAAAGCUGCUAAUAUUGUCUGUUUUAUAAUAUGUGUUUUAGAGUUGAUAACAUUUUGUUGUGAAAAUGAGAUAAGAACUUUAUAGUGAUCAGUUUUUUAAAUACUAAAAAAUUGGCAUCUGUUUUGUAGGAUGCUAUGUGCAUAUGAGUUAUAAUUCAAAAUGUGAUAUUUCUAGUUUUGAUUUUGCAUGGUAAAGUUAAUAAAAUGUUACGACCAGGCUGCUUGUAAAAUAUCUUUGUUUUCCUAAUGAAUUAGGAUGCUCUGUGUGUUUGUGUAAUGACCAUUAUAUUAAUUUUCUAUAUGCUACAUGUAUUGUUGAUGCCCUUUCAUGUUGAUAUUUGUGAGUUAUGUGACAUUAUGCUCUCUCUGCAAUUAAUUUGUUUCCUUAUUGUUUUUGGUAUUGGAGCUUCAAAUGUGCAGCCCCAUUAUGAAAAAGUUGCAAGGCUUUUCAAUGGACCAGAUGCAGUGCAUCCUGGCAUUGUAUUGAUGGCAAGGAUGGAUUGUGCAUUGAAGAUAAAUAAUGAACUUUGUGAUAGAUUUUCUGUGGCUCAUUAUCCCAUGCUAUUUUGGGGCCCACCUUCCAAAUUUGUAUCUGCUGCUUGGGAAUCCAAAGAAGAGAAAAGUGUAAUUCGGGUAAUUGAUGAUGGACGGACAGCUGAAAAAUUGCUUAGUUGGAUCAAUAAGCAAUUGGGCAGCUCAUAUGCUUUGGAUGAUAAGAAGUUUGAAAAUGAGCAGCUUCUAUCAAAUAUAUCAGACCCUGGACAGAUUGUACAUGCUGUAUAUGAUGUUGAGGAGGCAAAAGCCAUUGCUUUUGAAAUUAUAUUUGAACACAAGAUGAUAAAAUCAGAAAAUCGGGCUUCAGUUAUUAAAUUCCUUCAGCUUUUAGUGGCACAUCAUCCUUCUAAGAGGUGUCGGAAGGGAAGUGCAGAAGUGCUAGUAAACUUUGAUGACUUGUGGCCACCAGAUGAAAAACAGGAAAUUGUUAGUAAUGGCAAGAGCAUGCUUGGAAAUUUCCAGAUUUGUGGGAAAGAAGUUCCUGUGGGACAUUGGAUGUUUUGCCGUGGUAGCAAGAAUGACACUAGGGGCUUUAGUUGUGGAUUAUGGGUUCUUGUGCAUUCAUUGUCUGUAAGAAUUGAGGAUGCAGAGAGCCAGUUUGCCUUCACAGCCAUUUGCGAUUUUAUCAACAAUUUUUUCAUUUGUGAGGAGUGUCGUCAACAUUUCUAUCGUAUGUGUUCAAGAGUCGAAGGUCCUUUCAACCCAUCUAGCGAUUUUGCCCUUUGGUUGUGGAAGGCACAUAAUACGGUAAAUGAGAGAUUAAUGAAGGAAGAAGCAUCUCUUGGAACUGGUGAUCCUAACUUCCCGAAGAUUAUUUGGCCUCCAAAGCAGCUGUGCUCAUCAUGUUAUCUCUCUCAUGGCCAGAGAGAUGAUGGAACCAGUUGGAUUGAUUGGAAUAAGGACGAGGUAUUCAAGUUCUUAAUUAAUUAUUAUGGAAAAGCACUUGCAUCUCCGUUCAAGGACAAGGAUCUUCUUGGAAGUGAAGUGAUUGAUGGGGCUAUUGACGAUUUGGCGGCUUCAACAAAUGCAGUAGUUGUGCCGGUGGGGGCUGCAUUGGCAAUUGCUCUUGCUAGUUGUGCAUGUGGAGCGAUUGCUUGUUACUGGCGUUUACGACAGAAGAGUCGGAAGUACUACCACAUACACUCUUUAAAGAACAUAUGAUAUUUAGCAGGGCAGUGCACCUUUUCAAAAAUUAUAAUGAAAUACAACAGAAAAAGGAAAGAACAAGGAUAAAGAAUUGGAUUUUGAACAGUUAGGUAAAUUUUCAUGUUUGUUUUGAUAGUCCAAUAUUUCUAGCCAAGAAGGAAGCCGAAGCUAAGAUAGUUGGAAGGACUAAACCAUGCACAGCCAUUGAGCUGCCUGUUGGGGUUGAAAUCAAGCUCUGAUAGGAAUCCCGAUUACAUAAUCACAGGCUGCUUUGAGGUUCUCUUCUCAAAAUUUUCCUUCUCAAUUUACACUUUGGAUUGUACAGAUUAAUGCUAUAUUCUUAUCCAUUUUUUGUGGUAUACUUCUUACAUUUGUAUAUAUCUGCUGUGCGUGCAUGGAUCUUCAUUUUUGCAUGUAUCUGCUCAAGAGAAUGCUUCCUUCUAUUU